ACCAGCCUUGAGUCUGGAAAGCAGGGGAAACUGGAAUCGAGAAAACGAACAGUCCAAAACAGAGAGAGAUGGAGACGAAACUUCGAAGACGAUAUCUGCAUAAACAGUGAUGAGAGAGUGUGUCAUGUUAUAUCCACGUCAUGAUGAAGCGAUGCGCCGAGUAAUUGAAAAGGACAAUCAUUAGUUCGUUACUACACUUUCAUUUCCUUUCUUCAUCAACUUGCUUCGGACGAAACCCUAGCAGCGAUGGAUAACGAUAGAAUACGCGAGAGGGGGAGGCAUCAGAUCGAGCAGAUUCGCCUGCUCGAUCACGAAGAAUUGGAGGUCGAGGAAGGUGAUAACCUGGAAGGCGAUAGGAUGCAGGUAGUAGUGGGUGAUGAUAGAAUACUCGAGAGGGAGAGGCUUCAGAUCGAGCACAUUCGCCAGCUCGACCUCGAAGAAUUGCAGGUUGAGGAAGUGGAUGACCUCCGAGACUCAUCCGAUGAGGACACCAACGGCCGUGCUGGCCGUGCGAGGCCAGCUUCAUCCGAUGAUUUCACCUUCGAUACGUGUAUAACGUGUUUGCAUACAUAUCUGGGUGAGGUUGAGGACACACACCACAGGACUGCUCUCUUGGACGGUGGUGUUCGUUUAAGCCUCCCACUUUUCUAUCUCGAUGGUAGUCAUAUUUGUGUAUCAUGCCAUGCAUUUCGAGUUGUACUCUUUCCGGGGGCUACUCUUCCCCUGAGAGUUAUUCAACCCAAUUAUGUUGCUGCUGUUGAUCGGGCACUGAGCCAAGUUGAUGUUCGUUACACUAUUGGUGUGAUUAGAGUUCAGAGGGAUACUGAAAAUCAUAGGACAAAAUUGGCAAGAAUUGGAACAACUGCAGAGAUUCGACAAUACAGGCGGCUAGAGGAUGGUUCACUGAAUGUGGUUACCCGUGGACAACAGAGAUUUCUGCUAAGACGGUGUUGGUCUGAUGUGGAAGGAGUGCCUUGUGGAGAGAUUCAAAUAAUUGAGGAAGAUCUACCAUCAAGAACUCCCAAAGAUGCUUUGGUAAAAUUAGCUCCAUUAAGCAAUCUACCUCAUAACCGUGGCAUCUCACACAUGGCUUCAAAUUUUUCUUGCACUAAGUUGCAUGGGUCGAAAAAUGUGGAUGAUGAUUCAGAUGGGAGCUUUGAGAGCUUUGAGGAUGGACUAUCACCAAUGGAAAGGAGAAUCCACCAGUCAAUCAUUGGUUCUGGUCAUGAUCAUGAUAUUAUGGAUGAAUCAUCUAGCAGUGAUUAUGAAGAAUGCAGGCAUGAGUCUGAUCAGGAAAUUAGAUGUAGCCUAAAUGAUGACAUGACAAGGUCAUUGCUAUCUGACCGUGGAAAACGAGCUGUAAAUAUAGACUGGAUUGGUGGUAGCUGUUCCACUUCAGGUUCAGGCAAGAAACCCUGCAAAAUGGAAGCUUGUGCAAGCGCCAACUUCUCUCAUGGAAUUCCAAGAGCAUUCUGGCCCCAUUGGGUAUACCGGAUGUUUGACUCCUACUGCCUUGCACAGAGGGCAGCGGAUUUGUGGAGGAAUGUGGUUGGGACGCCAAGCAUGGAUGGUCUUGUGAAGAAGCCUGAUGUUUUAUCAUUUUAUAUUGCCAGUAAAAUACCUGUCUCCGAAUCUACAAGGCAGGAGCUUUUGGAGAUAGAUGGUAUCUCAUAUAGAUUGCGUAGGGAGAUUGAAUUGCUAGAGUGUGUUAAUCUUGUUCGAUGUAGAAACUGCCAGACUAUCAUUGCAAGGCGGAGUGAUAUGUUGGUGAUGUCCAGUGAGGGUCCUCUUGGUGCUUAUGUUAAUCCAGGUGGUUAUGUGCAUGAGAUCAUGACUCUGCACAACGCAAGUGGCUUAGCGCUUAUUGGGCGAGCAACUACGCAGUACAGUUGGUUUCCAGGAUAUGCAUGGACAGUAGCCAACUGUGCUACGUGUGAAAGACAAAUGGGGUGGCUUUUUACAUCAACAAACAGAAAACUGAAACCCAGAUCAUUUUGGGCGAUACGGAGUUGUCAAGUUGCGGAAGAGAUGCGCUAAAACUGUGUUUAAUCUGGAUGCCAGUCAUCUUCAUUCAGUUUGAAGUACUUCCCCAUGUUGAUGGCUUCGUGCAGCCCUUUACGAUGUGUACAAUACUCCUGGAUAUGCAUAUAAUGCUUGCAUUGUAACAGCCUGGCGAGUAAGAGUAACACAUGAAUAUAAUUUAUUUUAGAGACUUGUUCUUACAUUCCAAUUGUAGAAGACGUGAUAUCCUUAUGGAUCUCUUUCGUGUUUAUUAAGCAAUGACACAUUCAUUCUAGUUCCUUGGCAACAAGCAUGGGGUUGUACUUACGGCGUCUUUCAGUUCUGGCAGCUCCGCGUACCAGCUGCUGCUGCAGCAUGAUGUGUUCUCGUAGAUUUGCUGUCUCCUUUGUGAUACGUCUGCGUCUCAGCUAUGGGCUUGGAUUGGGCAUGAAUCAGUCGGAUGGAAUAUCGUAGGGGGGAUUAAUCACCCCAUCGAUCUUCAAUUGGGCAGGAGCAUGAUUACUGUCUACGGAGAUGCACGAGGGGACUUGUUAACCUGACAAUUGAUUUCAUUAUUUCAAAUCUCGUACUAUUUGUUGCAUUUGUCAUUCGCCCAUGAAGUAUAUGAUUACAUAGUGUAGCCUGGUUAUCAUAAAUUAAUAUUAUUGUAUAUAUUUAAAUUAAAUGUGUGUUUGUCGUU